UAUAUUUUGUGUGAGCUUUUUAAGUGAAUUAAACACACGCCUUUAUUGCAUCAGUAGUGGGUGGUCGCUUACGGGAGAGGAAAAACAAUGAAAAAUUCUAUAAUUUCAAUCCCAAAGGUAGUCGUGGUCGGCUACAAGAGUGGUCGCCUGUGAGAGAGUUGUUUUUACAGAGUUUAUAUGGGAGACAAAACAGGAAAUUUAAAAUGUGGUCGCUUACGAGAGUGGGCGUUCAAAGAGAGUUCUAUCUCAUAAACCGUAACCUUCGGACUGCCAUGAAGAAUGAACAAAGCCUAUCGGGAGUGACGUCAUAGAUCAUUGAACCUAGACUGUCGAAGGGAGUAGACGUCUCGAACUCGGUUCUGACUAUUUUCCCUGUUUUAAGAUUAUGAGCGACCAAGAGGAUGUUAAUCCCUCAGCAGGGACUGAGGAAGAUGUUAAUCGAGCUAUCCUCUCGAAUAUUAAACUUCUAAAUGAAAAUAUGGCGCAUUUGAGCGACUACAUGACUGGUCGCGAAGAGGAACCUUACGAGGAACCUUAUUACGAAGAGAGCGAAUCCAUUGAUGAUUACUCUUCGGUCGUCUCUAUCCAAAAUGAUUUGGACAAAAUAUCAAAGGCUAACAACGCUGAGGACAUUGGAGAGGCGGCGAAAGAGAAUGUUUUAGCCAGUUAUUCAAGUCAGUUGGACUUGGAUAUUGAACACAAGGCACCGAAGGUUGGUGACGACAUUGCUAAUGUAGUAAACAAGCUUUGUUUACAUAGAAUAAGUGCAGAGCAGUGCAAGGCAAUAAUCAAACGUCAUCAUACACCAGAAAAUGUGAAAGUUCGCUUACCCAAAUGUGAGAACAGUAUUUGGACUCAAUUACCAACUCACACUAGAGCAAAUGAUGCAAAGUUACAAGCAACACAACAGAUGCUUCUUGCCACGAUUAAUUGUCAAUUAGAAGUAACAAACAAGUUGGUUGAUUCCAAAGCCUCAAAGGAUUUAUUGACUCCCGCUUUGGAUGGGCUAACAUUGGCUAUGACUGCCAACUAUGAGAUAAACCAGCGUCGUAGAGAUGCAAUCAAGCCACAGUUUAAGACAGAAUUUGCCAAGGGACUAUGUUCCUCUACUAACCCUGCUGAUGAAUUCCUCUUUGGAGGAGAUACAACAAAGCGUGUCAAGGAGAUUGCUGAGUUACAGAAAAGCAAAGUUUGCAAAGGCCAGCCUGGGAGAGCAGCUUUUCGUGGCCGAAAUCGAUAUAUGGCGAAAGAUUUDGUAAACGAGUUAGAUUACGUGCCAUACACCGUGCAGGUGAGACUUGCUUGA